AAGAGCUGUUGUUUUGGAACACAAUGUUUCCAAAAAGAUUGUAUGGGUUGUUUAAACUUGUGGGCAUGUUUGUGUGAGUUUUACGCUGAUUUUGCCUGGUGUCGGUCGGUCUGUACCGAGCCGGCCCGUGUUUUGUAUCUCGCCGAGAGCACACGUCUCCAGAAUCCUAAUACGCGGGGUGUAAAUGUUUAUCAAGCCCGCAACGCUGCUGGAGAGAGUCUCCGAAGCACCGACCGCGACGGCAGGUAAGCGCCAAAACACCUUCCCUUGACAAUAGGAUGCAAAUGAACGCGUUUCGGCUGGUUUAAAUGGCAUUUUGUUGUCGGAUUAUGGAAGUGUUUCUUGUUCAAGUCCUGUUGCAGAGGGGUUUUCCCCGGCUCCGCCCUCUUCAUGUGUCUCUUAAAGGCAGUAAUGCGCCAUUCAUCCAGUGCGCACCUAGAUUUGGCAUUGAACUGUGGCAUAUGUGCAGAGGGUGUCUUUCCUGUGCGGAAUAGGAGAUUGUCUUUCCUCCCUGUGACCGGUCUGCAUUCCAUCCAGCAUCUUUCCGUACCAUGUGUCACUGAGCCAGUGGCAAAACCCUGAAAAUGCCACGUACAAAGCAAAACAACCCUAAAAACCUGAAAGAUAAAAUAGAGGAGGCACAGAAGGAGCUCAAAGACCCCAAAGUUGCGCACAAAGACAUAAAUCAAAGUACUGGCAGAAACUCUGAAAGCAUCAAAGGACUGAAGAGGAAAAAAGUUGUGGCACAAAACCAGCUAAAGAAAAUACCCAAAUCUCCCGUCAAAAAGCAAUCACAGACCAAGAAAUCAGUUUCUCCAAGCAUAUCUUCUUCAUCCAAGGAAGCCACACCCCCCUCCUCUUCUUUUUCAAGCAGUCCAUCGCAUGGAUUGCCUGAACCUCAAGAUACUGAAGAUGCACCACAUGAUGCAUCUGGAUCUAGAGCAGUAAAAGUGGAGCACAAGGAGUUAUUAACCUUAGAGCCACAGGCUCUCAGCCACAAAAGUGCUGCAGAGGUACCUUCUGCCGCAAGGCCUGUGCAGGCAGAAAUCUGGUGUGGCAACGGCAGCAACAAAAACGCAUCUCCGUCUCACACAAGUGCUCCCCUUGAGGUACUGCUUAAGGCUAUGGAGCCAGAUUUCAAUACACUGACAGAAAGGAAGAACAGCAGUCCAAUAAGGCAUCUUGGAAAAUCAGUUUCCAUUCCUGUCACUUAUUCAGACUAUGCUAUGACUAUGCCUGCUGUAAAUUUCAAUAUCCAGUCACAACCCUCAUUUGUGCCACCAUUCAACACAGCCAAACAGUUCUACAGUAGUGUGGCAUCUACAGGGCAACACACAACACAGCAGUAUGUGAACAUGUCAGGAAAUCGUCAGCAGGACAAACCAGGAUUCCAGAAAAGUCCUUCACUUACCUUGACACACGCACCUGUUCCAUCUGGAUCAGGCGGCUUCCCUCAGAGCCAGCCCCCCGUUGUUCAAACAUGCCAGUCUUUGUCAGCCACAGUACCAAACUCAAUUCAAGUCCCUGUCACACCAGGUUUCAACCCUGUUCAGAUGACAGCUGUGGUCAACUUCGGUGCAAGCCAAGUAUCUGAUAUCUCUGCAAAAGAUCAAAAACCAAAAAAGCAAGGAAAAUAUGUCUGUGAAUACUGUAAAAGAGCUUGUGCCAAGCCAAGUGUGCUUCUAAAACACAUACGGUCCCACACAGGAGAGAGACCUUACCCAUGUGUGACAUGUGGUUUUUCAUUUAAGACAAAGAGCAACUUAUACAAGCAUAAGAAGUCUCAUGCGCAUGCUAUCAAACUGGGUCUGGUAAAAGACUCCGGAAGUGGAUCCCUAUCUCAAGAGUCGGACAAAGGCCUGGCCACACAUUCUGAUGUGGAGGAAAGCGGGGACAGUGAUGAGGAAGGUAGUGCAGCGGACUUAGACCCGGAUUCUUCACAAAGCAGCCUGACGGCAUUGUCUGAGAGCAGUCUGCAGAGUGCAGGUAUGGUACCAGGAAGCCAAGGAGAAUCAGAGCCUUCGCUGGUGUUUGAAACUCUGAAACCACUGGUUGCUCAGAAAGGAUGUGAGCCAAAGGUCACUGCUGCUCUCCCUAAAGUGGUUGUCCACCCUGUAAAUGUUUCGCCUUUGCGUGCAGACAGCCCAAGAGUUACAGAUUUGGCACCUGAACAUGCCACAGCCCAGAGGCAAAGGGAUUUCCAGACAGCAAACAUACGGUCCAAUGUAAUGGUUCUGUCCUCACUGAAAGAAGUGGAUUGCACAAGUCCUCUACAAGAUUCAGUUAGUGAAGAUGAAGAUCAGCAUUGUAAAUCACCACUAGGAGGCAGCCAUGCCCAGCUACAAAGGCAACAAGCAACUGAUUACUCUCAACAGUCACAAGGCAAGUGUCUGCUAAGUCCUCGGAGUCUUGGAAGCACGGACUCUGGCUACUUUUCACGUUCUGAGAGUGCAGAUCAAGCUAUGAGUCCCCCAAGUCCUUUUGUUAAGAUAACUCCACCAGCAGAAAAUGACAUUACAAAAGCCCUACAAGUUCCCCCUUCCUCAGUUGUGGCAACUGUCAUGCAUGUAGCACCUGUCGAAAGGCCUCGAGUUUCUUCAGGACAAAUGCGUCCUCCAUUAGAAACCAAAGCUCUAUCUCUUGAGGAGCGUAUCUCAAAGCUGAUCUCAGACAAUGAGGCUGUUGUGGAUGACAAACAACUAGACAGUGUCAAACCCAGACGGACUUCCCUUUCCCGAAGGGGUAGCAUUGACUCCCCUAAAUCCUACAUAUUUAAAGACUCUUUUCAAUUUGAUUUAAAACCACCAGUAAGAAGAUCUAGUUCCAACUCAGACAUACCGAAAUCUCCAUUCACUCCGACAGACAAAUCCAAGCCAGUAUUCCUUCUUUCUGUACCACCUCAGUAUCCAGCUAUGGACUGUUUACCAAUUACAAGAAGCAAUUCGAUGCCUACAACACCUGGUCAGUCAGCUCUCUUCCCCAAUGUAACACCUCAGCCUCACCCACUUAGGAUCUGUCAUUCAUUUGAUGACAAGAUUAGUUCACUAAAUGAUGAUGUGUUCUCUUCAGCUCCCUCUACUCCCAAUCCUGCUGUACAUCCUCGUACACUAGUGAGACAGGUAGCAGUUGAGGAUUUGUCCACAAAUGAUGGUCACGUUCUUAUCUCUGUUCAUUCCAUGGAUGAGAGCCAUCAUGGACCAAGUAUUACACAUGAACUACGAAGUAAGUCUUUUGAGCAUGCAACAGAAAGAAACCGAAAACCCCAGCAAAACAAAGGGACAAUGUACGAAUGUGAGACUUGUCGCAACCGUUACAGAAAACUGGAAAAUUUUGAAAAUCACAAGAAGUUUUAUUGUUCUGAACUGCAUGGUCCAAAAAACAAGCCUAUGCAUGCCAGAGACAUUGAGACAGAAGUUUUCAGACGUGGAAUUCAGCAGCCCCUUUUAAACAGAAAUGCUGUAAUUACCGAUAUUUAA